AUGUCUUCAAAUACUUUUUUGAUUCUUUUGGUAGUAUUAAAUCUUUUUAUAAUUCAUUCUGCUUAUCGUAUUGAUUCAAAUAAUGAAGCAUUAUUUUCUAAUUAUAAUGGAAAAGUAAAUGAUGAAGAGUAUUUGGAUAAUUUCAAAACUACGGAAGAAAAUCCAUUAGAUAAUUAUUAUAUUAUUCCAUGUCAUGGAAAAUCAUCGCAUAUUCUAUGCAACAAACUCGAUCAUUUAUCUCGUCGAGACACCGGCUUCUUACGUUUUGGUCGCAAACGAUGA